UAAUCAUUGAGAGCCUCCCUCUACUCUACUACUAGUCUCUUCUCUUCUCUUCUCUUCUUCUCUUCUCUUCUGCACUUCCUUCCUGUUCAUAAAAUUCUUCAUCUUUGCUCGCUGCGUCUGAGGGAAUCGUGUGGACUGAGCAUCCGAAAGUUAUCUUCUCUCUCUCUCUCGCCGACUGCUCCUUCGAUCAGGGAUUCUGGGAAGCUUCCGGUUUUUCUUUUUUUCUUUUUUGAGAUGGUUGUGAUGUGCCGCGAGGCUUUCGUCGCCGAAGAAGAGACUAUCGAAGAAGGCGAGUGGGAGAAGGAGAGGUGACGCAGGGUGUGAGGGAGUCUCUCGGUUCGCCGCAGCGGCGGACCACUUUGGGAAAUUGAACAAAGUAGGAGGAAGCGGACGCCCGGCGGCGGCUUGGGGUCUCUCUUUCGAAUUUAGCUUGUGCUGGGUGUUAACCAUGUCUGCAACCGUGGUCAGUGACCCUUUGGUGAUCUCGACCCCGGAGACUCAACCACCUGCCGUACUCGUUGGCACGGCUCAAAUUGAGGUGGAAUUCGUGAUGUGCGAGUGCUGUGGGUUGACGGAAGAAUGCACGCCCGCGUAUAUCGAACGCAUCAGAGAACGGUAUCACGGUAAAUGGAUAUGCGGGCUAUGCGCGGAAGCCAUAAAGGAUGAGAUCGUAAGAACCGAGAGGCUCGUGAGCACUGAAGAGGCCAUGACCAAGCUUAUGAACUUCUGCAAGAAGUUCAAGUCCCCAGAGCCGCCUCCAGAUCCUACAGUGCACUUGAUCUCCGCCAUGAGACAACUUCUGAGGCGGAGUUUGGAAUCGAGAUCCACCCCAAGCAGCCCCAUGAGAAAAGAGACGCGAAUGCCUGGUUCCGCAUUGACUCGCUCGGAAAGCUGCUUUUCGACUCUAACUGGUUGAUUGGGACAUGCAGAAUGGAAAUGGAAAUGGAACAGAGGUGGAAGUGAUGCAUUAAGGGUCACAUCUAGUACAAAAUAAUGGAAGAAAGAAAGGAAUCGAGGAUAGACUCUUGUUACAAACGUUGCUAUCAUGAAAUACACAAGUUCUCUGUCAAAUUGUCAAUGGAUAUCUAAUCUCUCUUUAAAAGAUUUAGGCAUCUCUCGGUUUCAUUAA